AGUGUAAUGUUAGUAGGUAAUAUAAAUAACAGCAGAUAUUGAUAUGAGUGGUCCGUGGAGGGUUGAAGGCGGAUGAACUGCCCUACCCGCUUACCCCGCUUCUGGUGCAGGAACUUUGCGCGGCCAAUGAAAAAGGGACAAUCUGACGUAUGGCGGACGGCCGGGGACGUGGGUGUAGUGGACACUAACUCGUAGGCCUAUCCCGGAGCCUCGGGCAAUGUGGGAAUAAGUUUGAAAGUUGCCAGCACGCUAAGAAUCGCGGUGAAGCGUGUCCUAUCAACACCUCCAAACUACCAGGAUCUGAUCAUUUUGACACGAUGAUCCUAAAGCAGAUCCGGGAGUAGUGCCUUUAUAUAUCCUGGUCACAGUUGCAGAGGAAUCUCCGACUUGAGAUGGCAAUGUCUGUGAUGCACUUUCUCCAGUACUGCAUAGUGGUGUUGCUCUGCGCCCUGAGCGUCGCCCUGUGCUGGCCCUUCAAACAUAGGACUGGACAGAAGAAACUCACAAUGUAUGAAAGUGCCAGAGAUGCUGACUUUAUAGCCAGUACGUCAAACCUUUUAGCGAAACUUCAGCCACAUAAUCCACAUCGGAAAAAGCAAGGACCAUUGAAACGCAAUUACCAAGAAGCCUUUUCACAACACCAAACACCUAUACCAAGACACUCUUCUUGUCACCACACUUCGUCUUACAUGUCCGCGUUCGCCAACACAGACGCUAUCCCAGUGUAUCGCGGGCAUCCACAGAGAAAGGAUACCUACAAGCGUGAUGCAUGCGAGCUCGAGGAUGGCACGAAGUUAAUACAGUGCAAAUCGAACAAGUCCCAGUGUAUUUAUGACCACAUGAUCUGUGACGACCACAAGGACUGUGACGGGGGAGAGGAUGAAGACGCGGGGUCGUGCUUGCUCAGGAUCUGGGUUCUCAAAUGGAUGAAGAGGGUUGAGAAGGCUAUAAAACAGUAAUGGCAUUUCCCUUUGCUACACAACGCUCUCCUCACUGACCCAUACCCUCCAAGGCUUCGACAUGGGUUGAUUAAAUAUGCAUAUUUUCUUUGCUGAAGUUUUAACUAUAUGCAACCUUAUGCUCAGUGAACUCCAGGACGAGUGAGCCAAGUCUUCUGUGUGAGGCUCAGUCAAAGCAUAUCGCCAUAGCUUUCCAGUGUGGAACAUCAGAGAGUGCAGCGCCCAGCCAAUGUAUUGCCAAGGACGUUGCAUGGCAUGAACAAUAACAAGGUAUGGUUUGACGACGCAACAAUGAUGGGGACGACGUUGCAACAACUGAAACAGUGAAGAAGCGGCGGCAGCAGCAACAGCAUCAGUGAUCAAGACGUCUGUCUUAGGAACGCGAAGACAUUGUCUAAUGUGCAUUUUGUUUCGGAAAAUGCGUUCAUUCCCUUGUCGUAUUGUGUCAUGCAUCAUUUCAGUGACUGCUGAUAUUUUACAUAAUCAGUAAGAAAGAUGUCUGAUGAUGUAAAGACGUAUUCCAUUGCCAUUUACGAAGGGUUAGGAACAUAACGGCAAGCGUUGUUCACCCUUGCAUGGGGAUGCACAUCAUUGGGUGGUAUAGUUGUUACGACACACACUGUGACCUGAAGCUAUGUAAUAGUGUACCUAGUAGCCAGCCACGACGGCCAAUGGAAUCCCAAGGGGUACACAUCCGUCACAUGGUGUAGAAUGGACCGAAUGGACCGAAGUCUACCAAAAGUAUUCUUUUUACCUUUAUAUUAUUAUUGCCUCGUAAUGCAUAAUGCGCCGUAAUAAAUUGUGGUACUGAAAAUACACAACUGACAAGUCGUGAAUUUACUGUAAAGAUUUGUUAACAUGUAACAUAUUUGCUGUACAAAAUAGUUGACUAUGGAUAAUACACAAUAUACACCUGAAAAAUAGCUUAUAAUAAAAGUGACAAAACACUUUCCAUAGCCACAAGAAAUAUCUGUUAAAAGCAAAGUCGAUUGAAAGAAUCUGAAUGUAAAUCGUAUCUUUUAUUAAUAAUUUUAUUUUCGGACGAAAUACUUUUGUUUUUAUGUCUUUUUUAACUCUUUGUUUUUAAGGCAUUUAGAGUGAGUGAGUGAGUGAGUAUGGUUUUACGCCGCUUUUA